AAAAAGAAGCGACAUAAAAAUCCUACAGCCCCAAAGCACCCAAUGUCUGGUUUCCUGUUUUACCUGUCAGCCGUACGACCUAAUAUUGCACAACAGUAUCCUGGUUCGACCGUCGGUCCCAUUAGUAAGAUGAUUGCACAGCAAUGGCGAGAUAUGGACAAAUCAGACCGUGAACCGUGGAACAAAAAAGCAGAUGAAGACAAGAAACGUUACGCCCGUGAGAUUCGAGAAUACGCAAAAACA